GCACCACCAGGCUUUUUCCUCUUUGUGAAUUAUCCUCCCGAACAGCCUUAUUCUUUAUCUGCUAUAUUUCCUCGCAAAAGAAUUCAGAGGCAUUCAGACCAGAAUCAACGGAGCGUACCCCAGGCCAAACCAUGAAUUCGUUUACACUGGCAACCAGUCUCGCACGCGCCUCGCAGCGCUCGCUACUGGCAGGCAAGAUCGCCCCGAUGCUGGCAGGCAAAAUUGGCCAGCCGUUCACAGCCAUCAGCGCACAGUUCGCACGGAAUCUGAGCACCAGCAGACCCAGCCAUGUACCGGCGAUGGUCGGGCGCGCACAGUUCCUCCAGGCAUCCAGGAGCCAUGCAGCGGUGCGCGGUAUACUGCGCCAGAUCCCGGCUAAUGCGUUCAAGCGCAGCUACAGCACCUCCGGCGAGGCCAAGCGCACGGUGGAUGCGCCGAUCGUCGGGUACUGGUCGCUGUUCUGCGCAUCGAUGGUGUUUGGAAUCAUCGUGUGGGGCGGGCUGACGCGGCUGACCGAGUCGGGCCUGUCGAUUGUCGAGUGGAAGCCGAUCACCGGUGCAACGCUGCCGACGAGCGAGGCCGAGUGGGAGUCAGAGUUCGAAAAGUACAAGCAGUUCCCCGAGUACCACAAGGUGCACAUUGGAAUCAGCCUCGACGAGUUCAAGCGGAUCUACUUCAUGGAGUGGUUCCACCGCAACAUCGGGCGGCUGUUUGGUGUGGUGUACCUGCUGCCGGCAGCGUACUUUGUGUCGAAGGGCAUGGUGACGCGCACGGGCACCAUGAAAAUCGGCGGUCUGGGUCUGCUGCUGCUGGGCCAGGGCGCCAUGGGCUGGUACAUGGUGGCAUCGGGCCUCGAGAAGGAGCUGGGCGAGCGGUCCGACGCCGUGCCGCGCGUGAGCCAGUACCGCCUGACAUCGCACUUGACGCUAGCCUACUUGCUGUAUGCCGGUCUGUCUCUUUACGGCUGGAACAACUUCCGUGCCAACCGCCUGCUCCACAGCAAGAUCGCCAACCCCGACGCGCUGCGUGCUCUGCAGCAGAAGCCGGCCAUUCAGCGGUUCCGCCGCAAGAUCGCAGCCUCGGUCGUGCUGGCCAGCGCUGCCUGCCUGUCGGGCGGCAUGGUCGCUGGUCUCGAUGCCGGCUUGAUCUACAACGAGUUCCCGCAGAUGGGACUUGGUAUCACUCCGCCGCUUGAGGAGCUGUGGAACAAGGCCUUUGCCCGCGGCGACCCGUCGGCCAUGUGGCGGAAUCUGACCGAGAACCCAGCCACCGUCCAGCUUGAGCACCGCAUCCUGGCUGUGUCCACCUUCUUCGUCCUGUCCGCGCUGUGGUGGCAGGGUCGCCGUCUGCCGCUGCCCAAGGCGUCGCGCAUUGUGCUGCACUGCAUGUACGGCGCAGCCUGGCUGCAGGUUGCAUUGGGUAUUUCCACCCUGGUCAACUUUGUACCCAUUGCCCUGGCCUCAGCACACCAGGCCAACUCUGUGCUUGUGCUGGCGACAUCGCUGGGUCUGUACCACACGCUGCGCCCGCUGCCUCGCAUCAUCCCGCUGUAAAAAUUAAGGAUGCUCCACUCUCCGUUUCCAAAAAUGGC